AUGGGACAGGUUGGUGGCCGGGAGAAGCUCGAUGAGAUCUACUUUGUGCAGAAGGUGAAGCUGGGACAGGGAAGCUUCGGUACGGUUUGGCGAGCGAAGAACCGAAAGAGCAACAUCACCGUCGCUAUCAAGCAGAUGGACAAGGCCAGCAUGCCAAAGCGGGGCGUGAAGCGCCAAGAUAUCGAAAGGGAAGUAUCCAUGAUGAGAGCUUGCUCACAUGAGUACAUCACGAAGCUGUACGACACCUUCGAG